UCUUUUGCCUGGUCUUGUGCUUCUACAGUUCUACUACUCGCAUAAAGGAACAUAACUCUGACCUGGAAGUUGCAAAUCAAAAAGUGAAACAGACCCAGUCUCACUCAUAGAACAUCAAACCAACCGAGCAACUAGUGGUGUUUCCAGAUGAAGAAAUACUGCUCAAAUACGAGUCCUUUUUGCCCCUUGAAAAUAAGUUCAGCCGUUGAGGUCAUAGAUUAGAAGAAGAGGAAACGGGAGCCGGAGUACUCGGCAGUAUCCCAAUUGGGUAGGGAGCAACUGGCCCAUCAGCGAGAGACGAUGCUGAUGGAUUAUCUAUAUCUCACAAAAGUCCACAUGUCAGCAAUAUGACUCAUCAUCAUCGAAUGCCUCCUCAGAUAUGGCAAUUCCUCUCAAAGCUUCUUUCUUCCAUUCACUACCAAACCAAUCCCGCCCUGUUCCUAUUUCUAUGCUCAAAAGACUGCUGCUUUCUCAUUAUUAUCUACACCAGAAUCAUCACUAUAUAUUACAAUCGUCUCCAGUGUCGAAGAAUUUCCAAUUCAACUUCAAACGCUCUUCUUGGCCUUUCUCGAUCAUUUCUUCUCGACCUUUUCGUGCUCACAGGGUUCUUGCGAUGGCUGAACGGGAGGAUAAAAUGGCGUCGCAUUCUCACAAUUUAACCAAUCGCCUUGCGGCUGAGCACAGUCCGUAUCUUCUUCAACACGCCCAUAAUCCGAUGAGACCCAAAGAUGAAUUCCUGAAUCCUGCUUCACUGUGUGUAGAGAUUAGGGAGAAUUUGGAAUUUUGGGUUGUCUAAUUUUAUAGAAAAGAAUGUGAGUUUUAAAAAAAUGAGACCGAUAAUACUCUUGGUAUUUUACUCUGUCUGAGUUGCUCUGUUGAAUUUCUUCUGAUUUUGUGGUCUAUGGUUUGAAGGUUGAUUGGUAUCCAUGGGGAGAAGAAGCCUUCGCUGAAGCUCGAAGGAGAGACGUGCCUAUCUUCUUGUUGAAUCGAGUGAAUAUUUGUACAGUAUUCUUUAGAAUAUUGUUUAUUCUUUGAGUCAAAGAUUUACCCAAGAUUUACUUUCCUUGAUAUAUGUAAUUGAGGGAAGUAAAGUCAUCCUUGAUAUAUGUAAUUGAAGGAAGUAAAAUAAUCUUUUUCU